UGGUCUCCGUCCCAGUCGCGCUUUCUCGCGCGCGCGCGCGCGCGCCUGCCCGCCCCCAGGCUCCCCGCGGGCCGCGUCACGUGACCGCGCCUAGCCAAGGCGGCAGCGGCGGCGGCGCGAGCUUCGGCGGCGGCGGCGGCGGCGGCGGCAGUGGCAGCAGCUGCGCCGCCAGCGUGGAGCGGGAGGCGAGAAGGGUGUGGAGAGAAGGGAGCGCCAGACCGGAACGGAUGUGUACAUCUCGUGACUGAUAGGAAGAAACUAGUCAUGGGCCAAAGGUCAAGAUACUUCCCUGGAAAAUGCUGCUGAUGCUCCUUUACAAAGUCAUACAAUGAGUGUUUGGUUUAAGAAAGAUUUUCAUAUUUAAAAGAUUUUCAUCUUGGAAAUAUAUCAAGUGAAAAUUAGAGUCUUUUGGGAAACAUUUUCCUCUUAAUAAAUUAUACUUGUAAUGGGCGACAUGGCAAACAACUCGGUUGCAUAUGGUGGAGUAAAAAACUCUUUGAAGGAAGCUAAUCAUGAUGGAGACUUUGGAAUUACACUCGCAGAGCUGCGGGCUCUCAUGGAGCUCAGGUCUACAGAUGCAUUACGAAAAAUACAGGAAAGUUAUGGGGACGUCUAUGGAAUUUGCACCAGGUUAAAAACAUCUCCCAAUGAAGGUUUAAGUGGAAACCCUGCAGAUAUAGAGAGAAGAGAAGCAGUAUUUGGAAAGAAUUUUAUACCUCCUAAAAAGCCAAAAACCUUUCUUCAAUUAGUAUGGGAAGCAUUACAAGAUGUCACUUUAAUUAUAUUAGAAAUUGCAGCCAUAGUAUCAUUGGGCCUUUCUUUUUAUCAACCUCCAGAAGGGGAUAAUGCACUUUGUGGAGACGUUUCUGUUGGAGAGGAAGAAGGUGAAGGUGAAACUGGUUGGAUUGAAGGAGCUGCAAUCCUCUUGUCAGUAGUGUGUGUGGUAUUAGUAACAGCUUUCAAUGACUGGAGUAAGGAAAAACAGUUCCGAGGUUUGCAGAGUCGAAUUGAACAAGAGCAGAAGUUCACAGUCAUCAGAGGUGGUCAGGUCAUUCAGAUACCUGUAGCUGACAUUACAGUUGGAGAUAUUGCUCAAGUGAAAUACGGUGAUCUUCUUCCUGCUGAUGGCAUACUUAUUCAAGGCAAUGAUCUUAAAAUUGAUGAAAGCUCAUUGACUGGUGAAUCUGAUCAUGUUAAGAAGUCUUUAGAUAAGGAUCCCUUACUUUUAUCAGGUACUCAUGUAAUGGAAGGCUCUGGAAGAAUGGUAGUAACUGCUGUAGGUAUAAAUUCUCAAACUGGAAUUAUCUUUACCUUACUUGGAGCUGGAGGUGAAGAGGAAGAGAAGAAAGAUGAGAAGAAAAAGGAAAAGAAAAAUAAAAAACAAGACGGAGCUAUUGAGAAUCGCAACAAAGCAAAAGCCCAGGAUGGUGCAGCCAUGGAAAUGCAGCCUUUGAAGAGUGAAGAAGGUGGAGAUGGUGAUGAAAAAGACAAAAAGAAAGCAAAUCUGCCAAAAAAGGAAAAAUCUGUUUUACAAGGGAAAUUGACAAAGCUGGCUGUUCAAAUUGGCAAAGCGGGUUUGUUGAUGUCUGCCAUCACAGUUAUCAUUCUCGUAUUAUAUUUUGUAAUUGAUACAUUCUGGGUUCAGAAGAGACCGUGGCUUGCUGAGUGCACACCGAUUUACAUACAAUAUUUUGUGAAGUUCUUCAUUAUUGGAGUUACGGUUUUAGUGGUAGCAGUGCCAGAAGGUCUUCCACUUGCAGUCACUAUCUCACUGGCAUAUUCAGUGAAGAAAAUGAUGAAAGAUAAUAAUUUAGUAAGGCAUCUGGAUGCUUGUGAAACCAUGGGAAAUGCUACAGCUAUUUGUUCAGAUAAAACAGGAACAUUGACAAUGAACAGAAUGACAGUUGUUCAAGCUUACAUAAAUGAAAAGCAUUAUAGAAAGAUUCCUGAACCAGAAGCUAUUCCACCAAAUAUUUUGUCCUACCUUGUAACAGGAAUCUCUGUGAAUUGUGCUUAUACAUCAAAAAUAUUGCCACCAGAGAAAGAGGGUGGAUUACCUCGUCAUGUUGGUAAUAAAACUGAAUGUGCCUUGUUGGGACUUCUUUUGGAUUUAAAACGGGAUUAUCAGGAUGUUAGAAAUGAAAUACCAGAAGAAGCACUGUACAAAGUCUACACCUUCAAUUCUGUUAGGAAGUCCAUGAGUACUGUCCUGAAAAAUUCAGAUGGAAGUUAUCGAAUAUUCAGCAAGGGUGCAUCUGAGAUAAUUCUGAAAAAGUGUUUCAAAAUCAUGAGUGCUAAUGGUGAGGCAAAAGUAUUCAGACCAAGGGACCGUGAUGAUAUUGUAAAAACUGUGAUUGAACCGAUGGCAUCAGAAGGCUUGAGAACCAUAUGUCUUGCAUUCAGAGAUUUCCCAGCAGGAGAACCAGAACCAGAGUGGGAUAAUGAAAAUGAUAUUGUCACCGGCCUUACAUGCAUUGCUGUUGUGGGGAUUGAAGAUCCUGUGAGACCUGAGGUACCAGAUGCAAUAAAGAAAUGUCAGAGGGCUGGAAUUACUGUGCGGAUGGUCACUGGUGAUAAUAUUAAUACUGCUCGGGCUAUUGCUACCAAAUGUGGUAUUUUACAUCCUGGGGAAGAUUUCCUGUGCCUAGAAGGUAAAGAUUUCAACAGAAGAAUACGAAAUGAAAAAGGAGAGAUUGAGCAAGAGCGGAUAGACAAGAUUUGGCCAAAGCUUCGAGUGCUUGCAAGAUCCUCCCCUACUGACAAACAUACACUGGUGAAAGGUAUAAUUGACAGCACUGUCUCAGAACAGCGCCAGGUUGUAGCUGUAACUGGUGAUGGUACAAACGAUGGCCCGGCAUUAAAGAAAGCUGAUGUUGGAUUUGCAAUGGGUAUCGCUGGAACUGACGUAGCUAAAGAAGCAUCUGAUAUUAUUCUCACAGAUGACAACUUUACAAGCAUUGUUAAAGCAGUUAUGUGGGGACGAAAUGUCUAUGACAGCAUCUCAAAAUUCCUUCAGUUCCAGCUUACUGUUAAUGUAGUAGCAGUGAUUGUUGCUUUCACGGGCGCCUGUAUUACUCAAGAUUCACCACUUAAGGCUGUGCAGAUGCUGUGGGUAAACCUUAUAAUGGAUACGCUCGCUUCCCUGGCUCUGGCGACUGAACCCCCCACUGAGUCUCUCUUGCUUCGGAAACCUUAUGGCAGAAAUAAGCCUCUCAUCUCACGCACAAUGAUGAAAAACAUUUUGGGUCAUGCCUUCUACCAACUUGUAGUAGUCUUUACACUCUUGUUUGCUGGAGAAAAGUUUUUUGAUAUUGACAGUGGAAGAAAUGCUCCUUUGCAUGCUCCUCCAUCGGAACAUUAUACUAUUGUUUUUAAUACCUUUGUACUGAUGCAACUUUUCAACGAAAUAAAUGCUCGGAAAAUUCAUGGUGAAAGAAAUGUGUUUGAAGGAAUCUUUAAUAAUGCCAUCUUCUGCACAAUUGUUUUAGGCACUUUUGUGGUACAGAUAAUAAUUGUGCAGUUUGGUGGAAAACCUUUCAGUUGUUCAGAACUUUCAAUAGAACAGUGGCUAUGGUCAAUAUUCCUAGGAAUGGGAACGUUACUCUGGGGCCAGCUUAUUUCAACAAUUCCAACUAGCCGCUUAAAAUUCCUAAAAGAAGCUGGUCAUGGAACACAAAAGGAAGAAAUACCUGAGGAGGAGUUAGCAGAGGACGUGGAAGAGAUUGAUCACGCUGAGCGGGAGUUGCGGCGUGGCCAGAUCUUGUGGUUUAGAGGUCUGAACAGAAUCCAGACACAGAUGGAUGUAGUGAAUGCUUUCCAGAGUGGAAGUUCCAUUCAGGGGGCUCUAAGGCGGCAACCCUCCAUCGCCAGCCAGCAUCAUGAUAUUCGAGUGGUGAAUGCAUUUCGUAGUUCUUUAUACGAAGGGUUAGAAAAACCGGAAUCAAGAAGUUCAAUUCACAACUUUAUGACACAUCCUGAGUUUAGGAUAGAAGAUUCAGAGCCUCAUAUCCCCCUUAUUGAUGACACUGAUGCUGAAGAUGAUGCUCCUACAAAACGUAACUCCAGUCCUCCACCCUCUCCCAACAAAAAUAACAAUGCUGUUGACAGCGGGAUUUACCUUACAAUAGAAAUGAACAAGUCUGCUACCUCUUCAUCCCCAGGAAGCCCACUACAUAGUUUGGAAACAUCACUCUGAUUGUAAGCUGAAUGUUAACACACUAGCUGCAUUGUAAAGAAACAAAUUGAAACUGGGUCUUUUCACAUAUUGUGACAGACAAGAUAGUAUUCUUGUCUUUGGACUUCAACAGAAGACACACUUGUACGAAUGUAGAUUUAUUUUUUUAAAAAAAAAAAAGCAAAGCUUUCUGCCAGACUGAGGGUGCUUUUUGGGGGGUGGGAGAAAUGAACUGACAGAUAAACAGUAACUCAGCAUAAGUUGACCUGUGGAUCAUCAGUGGAACCUAAGAAUGGUCCUGAACAGUGUAUUAGCAAAGCUUUAGUUUAUCUCAAGCCUUGAUGGGAGAGAGGGAGGAGUAAAGCUGGGCGAGCAAGCAGAGAGCCCUGGAUCAUUGAAUUGAUGCUUUAAUUUCUGCUGUUGGCUGUUAAUAAUUUGGAUUAUUUAUGUUUAUAAAUGAUACAGAUCUGUUUACAAGGUUUGUAGAUACUUUUUUUGUUCCUGUUCAUAGAUGGGAAGCUUCCUUAUAACUGAUGCAGAGAAAAAUUAGUCCUUCAAAUACUGCUGUAUUUUCAGGAAAAAAAAAAAGGGGGUGUUUCUAUUGAAACUGUACUAAAUUUUUGCCUACAAUUUACCUUGUUAAAUAUUGUAGAUAAAUUGCUAAUACUAAUAGCCAAAUAGAUAACACUAAUGCUUUGUUUAAAAAAACAACAAAAAAACAAAACAAAACAAAAAAACAUGAGCAGUGGUGUUCUAAUGAAGUUAUGGCAUCUGUCCUAAUUAGUUUCUUAAAUACAUUUACUACUUAAUGGUUUUGAAACAACUGUUUAAUUUUUAAAAUUUUUGAAAACUUGCUAAUAACCUUUGUUCAGAAUUUAGUAGAUUGUUUAAUGCAGGACAUCAACUAAAUAAUGAAAGAUGCUUGAAAUGCUUUUGUUAUUUCAGGCAAAUCAAAUUAAAUCAAACUAUCAAACUACAAGAGAACUUUAGUCCUUUUUUGUUUUUGUCUAAACAUGUUAGUUCAGUGAUGUCUUGGUGAACUGUGAGUGAACUGUAUUGAUUUUUCUAAUAAAUCCUUAGAAACCUUCAUACAGCAUGAGGGCUGUUGGCAUUUUGAAAAAGGUUAAUAAGUAGAAGCAUACAUGUUUUCCUUUUGUUUUUGAAGCUUGUUUGUAAACACAAAUAAAUAUGCCCUUUUAUUAAAUAAA